AUUAUUUUCAUAAGUAAAUAUGGCAAUAUUAUUUGAAAUACUAUUAUUGAUUGGAUUUGCUGGAGCAAGUUUUUAUAUUGGAUAUAGAUAUUCCAUUGAUUUUCAACCAAAAGUUGAUGCACCCUAUAAUCCAAUAGAUGAUAUAGAAUCAUCAAAAGGAAGAACAGGAACAAUAACUAAAUCUUAGUAUUAGGCAAGAUAAAAAGAACUUGAUAAAGUAUUAUAACAGAUAGAGGAAGCUAAAUAAAAAGAGAAAAAGAAAUUAGUUGAAAUAGAUUUACUCAGAGCUAAAUCAAAGGAUAAAGUACUUUCAGAUUAAGAUUUUAAUAAUUUGUUAGAUGAAUGA